AAGCAAGCGCCCGAAGGAGCUGACCGGUGGCCAGGGCCGUCGUAUUCCAAGCACGCAGCCCCGCGACAUCGACAUCGACAUCGGGUGGUCCUCUGUGCUCGACACGGAAGCUGUCUGGCUGUGGCGUCGAGGCUCUGAGAGAGAGCGAGUAAGUGAUCGCUGCUGCUGCUGUAGUUGUUGUUGCUGUGAUCGAGGUCGAUUGGAUUUGCCGUGAGUGGAUUCGAAGCUCGGAUCUCGAAUUGCGCAUUACGCAUCGGAGAGCGCGACGAGAGCUUUGGCUCGCUGGUGCCCUCUCUUCGUGCUGUUCGCAGUUGGGCGGGCUUUCGAGUUUGCCUGCCUCCUCGCGUCGUCACAACGGAUCACGAAGGAUAUAUGAUAAGCUGGAUUCAUGAAGUUCCUCGAAUACACCCCUCUUGCCCGCGUAAACGCAUUUCUUUCCAAUGUCAACCUUGGAGACUGUCACAUACAAGGAGCUUUGGAAGCGUACUCGUGCAAGCUUGCUGGGAUGGACAAAAAACUCUCCCGUAGCUUAGAGCAAGAGGUUUUGGAUUCGCUACACUUUUCGUCGAGUCUUUCGACUUCACCCGUCGGACCACUCUCAAGCACUGCCAGUCGAAGGACUUUGAUCUAUCUCAUCCUCACCUUGAACCAUAUGUUUCCGGACUACAACUUUAGUAUGUUGCGCGCCCAUCACUUCUCUAAAGAGCAUGGACUCAGUGCCCCAAAACAGAAGAUCGAGCAUUUCUUGCUUGAAGCUUCCAAGGUUUGGGCCACGGAAGUUGGAGAGGAGACUUCUCUCAUGGAUUGUCUAUGGUCCGCUGUUGGUGAGGUAAUGGAUCUCGCCGACUGUGAUGUAUAUACCUGCGUACCUGACUUUGAGGGAGAUCCUUUCGCCGAUCGAGGAUGCAUAUGGUCAUUCAACUAUUUUUUCUACAACAAGAAAUUGAAACGAAUUUUGUGCUUCAGCUGCCGAUGUCUCAGCAAGAUGUCACUAGAUCAGGGUUCUGAUGAGGAUGUGAGUGAAGAGGAAUACGAGUUCAUCGAAGGCAUGGACCUCGAGGAUUGAAAGCAUACAGGCUUCUCCUGUACAUAUUGCAAUCUUUGUAAAUUGCUGUAAAUGAUCUGCUGAUUGCCAGAGCGUCACUCAAUUUAGGUUGGACAUGGCCUUCUGCCAAUACCUUUGGCCUUUUCAGGAGAAGUUGUAUCAUCUAAAGUUGAAACCGACAAAGGUUGCUACAGAGUCCGGUAUUUACAUGGUAAAGCACAUGGACGCCGGACAGUGUCUGGUCUUGGCCCUAAUCGCUCCAACGAACUAGUUUUCCCGCAAAAUCUAUUUAGCCCUUAUUUAUUAUACCAAAUCAAAGUUUGUUCACAAAUAGUUAUCAUGUUGUAAUGAUAAUUGUGAACUGUGAACUUGUCGUGACCGAUUUUGAUGUGGUCACAUUCUAUUUUGAUGAAUACAGCAUUUGGUUCAUCUUACCACUGUAUAUGCAGUUAUCUUCAGUCGGAUAUCAAUUCAUCGGUGUCUACUUUG